AUGGAUGCAGAGCUGACACUAAACAGCACUUUCAUCGUCGAUGACCUACAUCCCUGCUAUGAAUCUACUAAUACAAGCUAUGUUUUUGCAAGUGACCCUUCCCUAACUUGUGUUUUGGUGUAUAUAAUCCUUGGCUUGUUAUCAGUCGCCACAAUAUGUGGAAACCUACUAGUUAUCAUAUCCAUCAUUUACUUCAAACAGCUGCACACUCCUACUAACUACCUCAUCCUCUCCCUGGCUGUGGCCGACCUGCUCGUCGGCGUCCUCGUCUUUCCUUUCAGCAUGGCAUUCACUGUCACCUCAUGUCUGUUUCACCAGGACUUUAUGUGCCAAAUCCGUGACAGCUUUGAUGUAUCACUGUGCACUGCUUCUAUUCUACACUUGUGUUGCAUUUCUAUAGACCGAUAUUAUGCAGUGUGCCAGCCGCUGACGUAUAAAGUAAAAAUAAACGUUCGUGUCACAGCAGUUAUGAUCCUGGUGACCUGGGGCAUCUCUGCUUUAAUAGGGAUCUGUAUAAUAAUCGCAGGAUUCAGCCAAGGAACAUGUGAGGAAACGUGCUCCGUUGAUGUUGUGAUGGCAAAUACGAUGGGACCCGUUUUCUCCUUCUACCUGCCAGCGAUCAUAAUGCUCGCUAUUUACUUCAAGAUUUUCCUUGUUGCUCAGCAACAGGUGAAAAGCAUCCAGAACACAACAUUUCAGAGCACAAGUUCUGGAGCAGCUGUGAGUAAGAUGGAGAAGAAGGCCACAAAAACUCUUGCUACAGUCAUGGGGGUUUUUCUUUUAUGUAUGAUUCCUUACUUUCUGUGCAUUGUCUUUCAGCCGUUGACCUAUUAUCCCCCACCCAUCCCACUGAUUGAGACUCUCAACUGGCUCACAUUGUCCAACUCAAUGCUGAAUCCACUGAUUUAUGCUUUCUUUUAUAGCUGGUUCAGAUCAGCAUUCAGAAUUAUUAUUUCUGGAAAAAUAUUUAAAGGCGAUUUUGUUAAUUCCAACUUGUUUUGA